AUGGCUGGCACCGAGUUGCAGCGCGUAGUUGACGAGGAUGAUGAUGGACCCCGACCUGCUCAAAACAGGAGCACGCUUUGGGACUGGAACAAAAUAUGUGCUUACCAUACCAACAGAGUCGUGCGAAUCCAGGAUGCGAAUCUUGGGUACCUCUACUGGGGCAUAGUCACCUUAGUUGUUCUGUACAUUCAAAUCGUUGUUUUUCACAUCGAGGGCAGACACACCUUCCAGGAACCGGGCUAUGGUGCCGUCAUCACUAAGUUUGAAGCCAAGAGCUUCAAUCAAGAUGGCAAGGCUUUUGAUGAAGUCGACCUGCGACAUCCAGUCAUUGAGCCUUCGGGCGCCUUCAUCAUGACCCGCAGAAUUACGAUGAAGGGGCAAGCGAUGGGCACUUGCAUCGACUCGGACAGCCCGAAGAAGUGUCCGUGUGGAGACCAUGCCACUUGUGGCCCCGACGGCUACUGCCAGGUGAAAACUUGGUGCCCCAGCUUGGGAGAUCACAAUGUGGCGAGCCCUCCUCCAGGGGCUGUCGUCGAGGACAUUUUCGGUCUGGAGGAAGCGUUGCUGAUGAUCGUGGCCGGCAUCGGCUUCCCCAGCAUAGGCGCCAAGUUUCACGUGGCUGGCUCUUCCCCAGACUCCAGCGACCUUCACAAGCGCAUCACGCUCCUCCAACUUCUCGAGCUUGCAGACCCGCCCCUGAAGUUGGAGGAUGUUUCCAAGUCUGGGUGCGUCAUUGCAGUGAACUUCUUCUGGAGCUGCGAUUUCAGCUGGAGCAACAGCUGCGAGCCGAAGAUGAGCGUCAAGCGCGUCGAUGAUGGCACUGGCUUCGUCCAGAAGCGCAGUAAGAAGCACACUGUGAACGGUGUCGAGACAAGGGAUGCCCAAUAUAUGUACGGCUUGCGCCUCAUCGUGGACUCGUCUGGGAUUGGUCGCCAGAUCAGCCUGGUCCCCAUUGUCAUCCAGCUGGGUUCCUGCCUGGCCCUGGUGCAGAUCGCGUCAAUGGCUGCAGAUUUCCUCAUGGUGCGCAUGUACGACAAGGAUCGCUGCGAGGCAUACUACCGCUGCAAGGUGGUGGAGACCAAGGAUUACUCAGAGAUGCAGGAGCGACUGCAUCUGGUUGGCGACCAGCGCAGUCGCGCACGCGAGAUGGUAAGCGCAGGCAUCAUCAGAAGUGGUGGUGCAGGAGCUGGCGUGUCGCUAGGUCUCGGCGCAGGUGGACGAGGCAGCAUGUCUACAGUUCGCGGGCGAAAUGAUUCGCAGGUGCAGCUGCUGGAAAGCUGCCAGAUGCUCUGCACCGUCUUGAUUCAGCCGGCAGACAUCCGGUUUUCAUGUGAAGGACGCGACCAUGUGGCAAUUAUGUCCUGGGAGGCGGCGCUUCCGCGGAACCAGACGUACGCCUUCCGGGUGGAGGCCACGAACCCCUUGGUGAAUCCAGACUUCAACGUCUGGACGCUGGAGGUCGACGGCCUUUCGUCUGCUCAGGUGGCAGCCAGCCCUGUGCAGACAUUCAGCGAUGUACAAGUUCUUUUGGCUUCUCCUUCCACUCGCCUCGGGGGAACCGUCGGAAGCACUUUGAGCAACGGUAUCCGCAUCAUUUUCCGACCCUCCGUAACGGCUGAGUCAUUUCGAAUUACGGCACCGAUGCCGUACAACUUCGGGUUCAGCAUGACGUGUGGUGGGAUACGCUUCAUAGGGCAAGACCCGGCAAGAUCGGACGCAACCUUCACCCAAGCCCUGUCUCGAUGUGCAGCGUCCAGCAAUACUUUGGAGAUCACUUUCCAGGUGCCCGAUGGCAUGCUCGCUGGAGCUCUGUACACGGUGGAAGCCGAUGUCCUGACACCACAGCAGCUUCCUUCCACACCAACGCAGUUCCAGCUUUCGUCCACGCAGAUUGGUGGAGGAGUCGGCGAUGAUGUUUUUGUUGAUGAGCCAAGCCUCGCGAGAGGGUUGCUAUAUUUUGAGGUUAUCUCCGUGAGCACGGAGCCACCGAGGUCCGGACUGACUGCAGAGGUCCAGAUCAAGGUCUCGUUCAGCAGUCUGGCGCGGGCCGGGGAUUUCAUAAGGCUCAUACUGCCUCCCCGGUUCCUUUUCGCCAUCAACGAAACCAGUAGCUGCCCGGUCACAGUGACAAGCCCUACGGUUGCACCGAGUCCACAGUGCUCCUGCCAAGGUGUCCUAUCCUGCAUGGUCACUCUGCAGGUUCUGGAAGCCACAACCACGCAAAUUCCGCCAAAUGCAACGCUGGUCUCCAACACAAGCACGACGACAACCACCACGUGG